ACACCGUCUAGUGCAUUACUGGGCAAACGUCUUGCGGACGGGCACCACCAACGGAAAGCAGUCUCAAUUCUUUACAAUAUGGCUACUCUAGUAUUGGGAAGGGCUUACAAGCCUAUUUUUUCAACGUGUCUCUCGCGGACUCUAGCGACUGCAACGCCAAAAGCUAAAUCAACCACCAAACCCGACCCAAGUACCCAUUUCAAGAUCACUCUUCGUCGUUCAGCGAUUGCUUUAGGGGAGAAAAAGAAGGAAACGCUGGUUUCGCUGGGCAUACAUCGACGGAUGCAGACCGUAUACCAUCGACAUUGUCCGGAGGUUGCCGGAAAGAUAUUGAAGGUCAAGGAGUUGGUCGAAGUGGAAAAUGUGCCAGCACAUAUGGUCCGUACGCAGUCAGAACAGAGGCUAGAGAGGAGGCCACCCAGAGGUUAUGUGGUGCGAACGACAAAGCUAGCAGAAUUACCUUGGGAGUCGUAGUUGCACAAUAGGACCGUAACUUGGGUUUCUCGAGAUAACAUAUGUGGCUGGUUUUGCUUACAAGAUCCAUGCCACUUCCACUAUUGAGCCAAUAUUACGUUGUUGCAUUUAUAGUAGCAAAGCACAUUCACGGCUCAUCUCCCACU